GUGCGGGCCGGGGGUGCUUCUCCAAGGGAGGGAGGGUUCUGGCUCCGCGGGCACCCGCUCGGAACCUCAUGGCGUUUCCCUCUGCGGCCGGGUGGCCUCCUAAGGUGGAGGGAGUCCUGCAGAUAGAUGCCCAGCCCUGACAGGUGACACACCAGGCCAGUAACUGACCCUCGACCUGCACAUGUUAGUGUCGCUCAGGAGAAAUGGCUGUUGCAGGCAGCAUGCUUGGAUUGCUGCGACAGCAGGUGGUGAUGGGGGCUGCUCCUGUGGGCCGCUGCCUGCACAUGUCCUCCCAUCAGGCUGACAGCAGCAGAGCCUCACUCACUCGUGUGCACCGACAGGCCUAUGCACGCCUCUAUCCUGUGCUCUUGGUCAAGCAGGAUGGCUCCACCAUCCACAUCCGCUACCGGGAGCCCAGACGAAUGCUGGUGAUGCCCAUGGACCUGGAUGCCCUGUCCCCAGAGGAGAGACGGUCACGGUUCCGCAAACGUGAGGCCCAGCUCCGAGGGAAGGAGAAGGAGCCAGAGCUCCUUGAUGACUUUGACUUGGAGCGGUACAAGCAGUUUUGGAUCAAAAAGUGACCAUGUCCACAAGCUGUCCUGGCUCAGGAUGCUGUAGAUGGGCAUUCACCUUUAAAUUGAGCAUUAGGAUUGUAAAUC